UCGUUGUUAUGUUGUUAUCGUUUUGGCGUCUACAAUACCGCUGCUCACGAUCAGAAAUCAGAUGUCUGAAAGACUGAAACUCUGAAAUGGCGAUAACAAGUAACUAAAGUAACACCACAGCUAACGACAAUAAUAAUUUAGUCAAAAUAUACUAAAAUUUUUUUGGCUAUUAGUGUUGGGCAAUUUAACUGUUUUAACUAAUAACGCAAUACCUUCGGACUGUUGCAAGUGUACUUACGCAAUAUUACGUUUUAGGUGUUUUAAGUUCACAUUCUCACAUUUACCAGUAUUGACAUCAGUCAGUUGUUGUUGAUAUUGUCUGAUCGUACACAACGAGCGUGUUUGGCAACAGCUAUCGUACCUACGUCAUGGACACGGGUGGUAUAGAGUUUUUGUCACAAAUUCAAGAAGGACAACUGUACAAGUACACAAAUGUGGUCAAAGGAUGGCAACACAGGUGGUUUAUAGUGGACCCGAGAGAAGGAACGCUAAGUUAUUUUUUGAGUGAAAAUGAUACAAAGCAACAACCACGGGGAUUUAUUUUUUUGGAAUCUGCUGUUGUAUCUCCAAGUGAUGAGGAUUCAAAUACAUUUUCUGUGAACUCUUGGAAUGGUGAAUGUUAUAAGCUAAGAGCUGUUGAUGCGCGAGCUAGACAAGAUUGGGUGAAUCGUUUGAGAGCUGCUGCUGAGUAUCAUUCCCAAAAAAAUGUACAAAAAUAUUCACGAACAAAUUAUGUAUAUGAUUUUUGUCCAAGUGGUGUUAAAAGAUCAUUGGCCAACGCACGACAAUACUUAUCUCAAGCUGAAAACAAUUUUAUUGACAUGGCUAGAGUCAUAGAGAAGUUACCAUCUCAAGGUCCACGCUUAAGAAAUACUGAUCCAGACUUGUUAAUAAUAAAAGCAACAUCGCAGUCAAUGAUGUGUGCGUUAGAAAACUGUUAUAAGAUUCUACAACAUUCGAGCAUAGAACAACCAAUCAUUCGAACUUAUUCAUUUUUGAAUUCAAAACAGUCUUCCUUAGCUACACAUUCAAAAAGAAAAUCACAUACAACAAGUACUUAACUAAUAAGUAAUAAAUUAACAUCAUGUUUCUCUUUUAUUUUUAUACCGUGAUUUAUGUAUAUUCCAUUCAUUUUAAUUGAUUAUUUAUAAUAGUUAUUAAAUAUAGUAUUACGUUUUAAAAACUUAUUGUUAUUUAUGGAAAUUUAUUUUUUAUUUUUAUGUGACUAAAUUGUAUUAUUGUAUAUCAAUUUUAAUCGUUCAAAAAUUUGUCAUAAGUUUUUUGUAAUUCUAGAGACAGGAGGUAUAAUAAUCUAGUUACUGAAAUCUCAAUAAAAUGAAUCAAAAGUAUUAAGGUCUUUGAUUAAAAUAAUUAUAAUUAUAUGUUAAUAAUAUUAUAUUAUAAAGUAUUAUCGAGCUGGACUAAAUCGGAUGGUUCAUUUUGUACGAUACAUUCCAGUUUUUCAAACUAAAAAAUGUUAUUAGGUAGACUAUUUUACUGUAUGCUUUUAUGUUUUUAUACUUUUAGUGUACUAUUAAUUUUAGGGCUUCUUAUUAAUUUUUUUAGUUAAAUCAACUUUAUAUUUAUAUUAUUAUUUCUAUUUCAAACCCUCCAAAAGAGUGAAGAAGUACUUAUUGAUUUAAUAAUGAUAUUAUUAUAUUUUUUUUUUAGUUAAACUAAUGGUUUUUGAGAAUGUAUCAACUAUCUUAUGUAGCACAUAGUUUUAUUUAUAACAAUUUUUAUCAUUUUUGUAUAGUAAAAUCACAAUGUAUUAAUUAUUAAUUAGUAAAAACUGAAAUAUUAUGAUCACAACCAUGAAAAAAAUACUUGUUGGUUUAUAUAAAAAUAAAAAUUAUAAUUAUAUCAUAAAAUGUGUUUAUAUAAGUUGUUGUACAGUAGUAUAAAUUUUGACAUUAAGUAAAUAUGACCUGAAAAUAAAUCACCUGAUUUUCAAUGGUUUUUCAAAUAGAAGCACUGAUGAAUAUUUACAAUUGGUUGAAUAUAAUUAAAAUGUUAAUUUCUGCUUUAGAUCUUUAACCUAACAUUAUGUACUGUUGACACUAUGGAUAUAAUAUGUACCGGGUAAUGUACACAUUGCCAAUGUGGUCCUGUCUUGGCAAUUUGUAUCAUGGACCCAAACAAAUAGUUUUUUUAUUAAAUGUAUUUAUGUGUUCUUACUAAUAAUUGCAUAAUAUUCAUGGAAAAAACAAAAAAAAAAUAACUACAAUAUUAUUAAUACUUAUUUAUGAAACUGAAUAUUUUAAAAUAAUGAUAAUAACGAUAAUUACAUACCUAAUAUUGAUGGCAUAAAAUACAAAAUAAAUAAUUUAUUAUAUUUCAUUAUUAUAAAUUAAUUAUUUAGAAUUCUAGUAUUACUUAUUAUCUGUCCGUUUUCCUACAAUAGUAUUUAAUUUUUACAAAACUGUACAAGUAGUUCAAUGAUCAGGUAUAUAACUAUUAUCAAUAUUAUAAUUAUUGUUUUAAAAUAUUCUUAAUAAAAAAAAAUUAAUGAUUAAUUAUCAUUGUUUUAAAAUAUUUGUUAUAUAAUAAGCAGGUGAUAAAUAAAUCAAUUACAAUUAAUACUAAUUGAUUAUUAUUUUUUUUUUCCAUC